AAGAAGUUAAGAGCCCCACCUAAGAAACUAAAAGUCACCAAGAAAAUUAUUUCUAUUUGGGAUAAAAUGGAUGAAGUUAAUGCACCCAUUAGCCUGAAGGAUUGGAUUGCUAACGACAAAUCUGCUCAAAAAGAUUUGAAGGACGGUUUGAGGUAUUUGUUAGGAAGAGCUAAACCGCGUGAAAAGGGUAAGGCUCCUAUUCAACCUACACCGAUGGUCAUGAACGCACAACAAGAGAAUGAUGAUAGCAGUCAUUCUUCUGAGGUGAUGGACAGCGAUAAUUCGGAUACGGAAUCCACAACUUCGGACACAUCUACAAGCAGCAUCAGGAGUGAUGAUACAGUCUACGAUUACCCUUACACAAGAUCUAAUCUCGAUCGUUCGUCUCUGUUGUCUGUGUUGGGUACUAUUAACGACAACCCUAUCAAGAUGAUUGUGGAUAGUGGCAGUAGCAUAAGUGUGAUCAGCAAGUCGUUCGCUACGAAACUAGGUCUAAUUUGUACCGGUGAUCGUAUUCAUAUCCGAACUAUUGAAACUAGCAAAGAUAGAAGGAGACAAAACGAAUGCGAGGUUACGGUCUCUGUACCUAUUAGAAUUGGUGGGAAACUUAGGCCCGAACAUAUGGUCAUAAAAGAAGAUAGUAUAACUACGGCUGUUGAACUCUUGGUUCUUCUUGGUAUGACUUGGCUGGAACAAUAUGACGUAUCGAUACAUGCGAAGGAGAAAUUGGUUGAAAUCCCAGUAAAGAAUGGAGCAAAUUCAAUCAUGGUUCAAGGGCAAAGGUUUCAUCAAUCCAUUACAUCGAUCAGCAAUGAUUCGAGUCGAGGUAUCUCUGGUGAUGGUGUGGCGGUCAUGGGAGAGAAUAUUCAUUCUGAUAUUCCAGAUGAAAUCAUUAGUUACUUGGAUGAAGCGGUACCAGAGGAGAAUAAUGAAUUCAGGUACAAUUUGGACCCUGAUUCGGGUGUGACAGUAAAUCCCGAAGUUGAUCUCGAGUUAUCCUUUGAAGAAGCCGUAAAGAAAUUACCAGAAGAAAUUGGAAUCUUGGUUAGGAAAAACAAAAAUCAAUUUGCAGAAUUCGGUGGUCUUGGGUGUAUCAAGGGUGCUGAAUUUAACAUCACUUUGAAACCUGGUGCUACUCCAGUUAGGUCUAAAGCUUAUCCGUUAACAUGGGAAGAAGAUCAAUAUUGGAAGAAGGAACUGGCAUCAAUGUUGAAAUUGGGAAUAAUACGACCAUCUUCUGGAAGUUUUACUAGUCCCAUAUUUUUUAUCAAGAGACGUACUGGU